AUGUCUCAAAUAUUCUUGAACAUUUUCCAGCUCAUGUCACGUUUCACACGCCUCUUAGCCUUCAUUAUAUUAAUGGGCAAUAUAUGGACGACCAGAUCGUGCGCCGGCAUAUCCGGAAAGAGUCAGAUAUUGUUUGCCAUGGCCUACAUCACCAGAUAUUGUGACUUCUUUAUGCAUUAUCACCUUCUUUACCACACCCUCUAUAAGAUAGUAUUAAUCGUCACCUCUUUGGCCACUCUAUACCUAAUUUACGCGAAAUUCAAGGCCACUUACGAUCGAAAUCACGACACCUUUCGCAUCGAAUUUCUCUUGAUUCCGGUCACCCUUUUAGGUCUGUUAGUCAACCACGAGUUCACACCUAUAGAGUUAUGGGUGCAGGUGCUGUGGGCAUUCUCCAUAUACCUGGAAUCGGUGGCCAUUUUGCCGCAACUUUUUAUGGUGUCGAAGACGGGCGAAGCCAAGACCAUAACCUCUCACUAUCUGAUGGCGUUGGGCUCAUACCGGGCCCUAUAUCUCAUGGACUGGAUGUGGCACUACUAUUUCUACGGCCAUUACGACCUGAUCGCCAUUGGGGGCGGAAUUGUCCAAACAGUCCUCUACUGUGACUUCUUCUACCUAUACAUCACUCGGGUGAUUUGGGGCCGCACUCUACUACAGUGUGAUGAAGUGUAG